CCGCCGGGCGGCUCCCAGCGCCUCCUCUUCUCCCACGACCUGGUGUCGGGCCGCUACCGCGGCUCCGUGCGCUUCGGCCUGGUGCGCCUCAUCCACGGCGAGGACUCGGAGGAGGACUCUGAGGAGGGCGGGCGCGGGACCGCGGCCGGCGGCGCCGCCAGCUCGGGCGGCUCUGAGUCGGGAGGCCCUGGCGCCGGCGGCGGGGAGGAGGGCCGCGCCAGCCCGCUGCGGCGGGGCUACGUGCGGGUGCAGUGGUACCCGGAGGGCAUCAAGCAGCACGUCAAGGAGACCAAGCUGAAACUUGAAGAUCGCUCAGUGGUCCCUCGAGAUGUGGUCAGACACAUGAGCUCCAGCGACAGUCAGUGUGGAACCGUCAUUGACGUCAACAUCGAGUGUGCUGUGAAGCUGGUGGGAACCAACUGCAUCCUUUACCCUGUCAACAGCAAAGACCUGCAGCAUAUCUGGCCUUUCAUGUAUGGUGACUACAUAGCCUAUGACUGCUGGCUGGGCAAGGUCUAUGACUUGAAGAACCAGGUCAUCCUGAAGCUCUCCAAUGGAGCAAGGUGUUCCAUGAGCACAGAAGAUGGAGCCAAGCUGUAUGACGUUUGUCCCCACGUCAGUGACUCGGGUCUCUUCUUUGAUGAUUCAUAUGGCUUUUAUCCUGGACAAGUCCUCAUUGGGCCAUCUAAAGUGUUUUCUAGUGUGCAGUGGCUCUCGGGUGUGAAGCCUGUUCUGAGCACAAAAAGCAAGUUCAGAGUGGUGGUGGAAGAGGUACAGGUGGUAGAACUAAAGGUUACUUGGAUCACUAAAAGCUUUUGUCCUGGAGGUACUGACAGUGUAAGCCCUCCUCCCUCGAUAAUCAGCCAGGAGAAGCUGUCCAGGGUAAAGCGUCUGGGGUGCUUUGACCAUGCCCAACGACAGCUUGGGGAAAGGUGCCUCUACGUGUUCCCAGACAAAGUGGAACCUGCAAAAAUCACUUGUGAAUGUCCAGAGAGGAACUGUGUCCUGGGUGAAGGAUCAGUUGCCAAAAAGGUGAGACGGCUGCUGAAGAAGCAGAUCGUGAAGAUCAUGUCGUGCUCCCCGGAGUCUCAGGGCACCAGUGAAACCCCUGACAAAGAGUCUGCUGCAGCUGUUGACCAAAAAUCAGAAGAGCUUAAGCCUGAAUCCAACUGUGAGCUUGAUGAUUCUUCCAACAGUGCACCAAGUCCUGGGGAGAGAAAGGAGGAGCAGCCUGAAGAAACGGGGAAGGAGAAAGGGGGAGCAGCAGCGCGGCAGCAGCAGCAGCCUCCCUUUCUCCUGAAGGAUGAAGGGCUGCCUGACUACCGGCUGCAGUCCAUGGAGCAGGAUGCGGACGAUGAGGCAGCUGAUGACACUGAUGACACCAGUUCUGUCACCUCUUCAGCUAGCUCCACUGCCUCGUCCCAGAGUGGCAGCGGCACCUGCCGCAAGAAGAGCAUCCCUCUUUCCAUCAAAAACUUGAAGCGGAAACACAAGAAGAAGAAGACCAAGGUUUCACGAGAGUUUAAGCCAGGAGACAGGGUUGCUGUGGAAGUGGUGACCACGAUGACUUCAGCUGAUGUGAUGUGGCAGGAUGGCACCGUGGAGACGAACAUCCGCUCCAAUGAGCUGAUCCCUGUCCAUCAUCUGGACAACAACGAGUUUUGCCCCGGCGAUUUUGUGGUGGACAAAAGAGCUCAGAGCUCCCAGGACCCUGGGUUGUAUGGAGUGGUACAGUCUGGGGACCACAUCGGCCGUACCUGUGUGGUGAAGUGGUUCAAGCUGAAACCCAGCGGAGAUGAUGUGGAGCUGAUCGGGGAGGAGGAGGAUGUGAGCGUGUACGACAUCGCCGAUCACCCAGACUUUCGCUUCCGCACCACCGACAUCGUCAUCCGCAUCGGCAACUCCGACGGAGCCACGGCCAAGGAGGAUGAGCCUUCGGUUGGACAGGUGGCUCGUGUGGAUGUGAGCAGUAAGGUGGAAGUGGUGUGGGCUGACAAUUCCAAGACUAUCAUUCUGCCUCAGCACUUGUAUAAUAUUGAAUCAGAAAUUGAGGAGUCAGACUAUGAUUCUGUUGACGGCAGCACCAGUGGGGCAUCCUCAGAGUGGGAGGAUGAAAGUGACAGCUGGGAGACAGAUAAUGGCCUCAUGGAAGAUGACCACCCAAAAAUUGAGGACUUUGAGCCUGAGGAACCAGCAGCAGAGGAGGUGAAAAAAGUAGAAGAACAGGUCCAGGGAGCUGUGGCUAUGGCAGUUGCAGAUGUUGCUACAGAGAAAGCUGGCAAGGAUGGAGCCCCAAAGAGCUUCCGGGAACUAAAGGAGGCCAUCAAGAUCCUGGAAAGCCUGAAAAAUAUGACUGUGGAGCAGCUGCUGACUGGCUCUCCCACCUCCCCAACUGUGGAACUGGAAAAACCCACUCGGGAGAAGAAGUUCUUGGACGAUAUUAAAAAGCUGCAGGAAAAUCUAAAGAAGACCUUGGAUAAUGUGGCUAUUGCUGAGGAGGAAAAGAUGGAAGCCAUGGUAGAGACAGAGAAGAAGGAAGAAAAAGCAGAGGCACAGACACCAGUGAGGUCAGAGUGGCCCAGUGAGACACCAGUGCUCUGCCAGCAGAGUGGAGGGAAGCCUGGAGUCACCUUCACCAGUGCCAAGGGAGAAGUGUUCUCUGUGUUGGAGUAUGCUCCAGAUUCCCAUGCCUUCAAGAAAAUGGAAUUCCAGCCUCCAGAAGCCAAGAAGUUCUUUAGCACCGUGCGGAAAGAGAUGGCUCUGCUGGCCACCUCCCUGCCUGAUGGCAUCAUGGUGAAAACCUUUGAGGAUCGAAUGGAUCUCUUCUCAGCACUUAUCAAAGGGCCCACACGCACUCCCUAUGAAGAUGGCCUCUUCCUCUUCGACAUCCAGCUCCCCAACAUCUACCCCGCUGUUCCGCCUCUCUUCCGCUACCUCUCCCAGUGCAGUGGGAGACUGAAUCCCAACCUGUACGACAAUGGCAAAGUGUGUGUCAGCCUCCUGGGGACCUGGAUAGGCAAGGGGACCGAACGGUGGACCAGUAAAUCCAGUCUCCUUCAAGUACUCAUCUCCAUUCAAGGUCUCAUCCUGGUGAACGAGCCCUACUACAACGAGGCAGGCUUCGACAGCGACCGGGGGCUGCAGGAGGGCUACGAGAACAGCCGCUGCUACAACGAGAUGACGCUGAUCCGCGUGGUGCAGUCCAUGAUGCAGCUGCUGCGCCGGCCCGUGGAGGUCUUCGAGCACGAGAUCCGGGAGCAUUUCCGCUGCAACGGCUGGCGCCUGGUGUCCCGCAUCGAGUCCUGGCUGGAGACCAACGAGCUGGUGGAGCGCAGCCACGAACAGGCCAACGGGGCGGAUUCUGCCUCCCUCCUGUGCGACGGUGGCAGCCUGGCCGAGAGCCCCGGGGACACGGCGGGGGCACUGGCAGAGUGCAGCUCGGAGCAGGGCGGGGGUGCCGAGCUGUCCGACUCGGCGCUGGACGGGAAGGAGGAGCUGGACGAGUCGGAGUUCCCGACCACGACGCCCAACGCCGGCGACCUCCAACAGUACUCAGACUCGGAGAGCACAGGCCAAGCCAGGGGGGACCUGGCCAGAGACCGAACGGACGAGGGGAAGGCUGCCCAGGACUCUGCCUCGCAGCCCAGUGUGAAACCAAAGAAAAGGAGAAAGAGCUACAGGAGUUUCCUGCCGGAGAAGAGCGGUUACCCCGAUAUUGGAUUUCCCCUCUUCCCUUUGUCCAAGGGGUUCAUUAAAAGCAUCCGCGGUGUCUUGCAGCAGUACCGGGCUGCCUUAGCAGGGGCCAACAUCCCGGAGUGGACAGAGGACAAAUAAACCAUCAGGUUAGGGACAGGCAGGUGCAGGGGAGAGGGAAAGCAGCAAAAAGUAAAUUGGCAAAUGCUGUUACCGAUCAACUGGCUUCUCCUUCCAGCUUUUCUUCCUCAGCUUGGUUUGUUCCAAAGAAGGUGCUAGGCCUGAUUGCUCCUCUGAGGAAAGGUUGUUUAAGCAUGAAUAACUCUUUUCCCCCAACCCCUCUUCCUUCCCCCUGUCCCAUGUACGUGCUCUUCUUGCAAGUUUGACCCUGCAAUGGUAAGAUUUGAGACCUGCACAGAAGCAGUCUUGCAGCCACGUUCCCUCUGCACUUUCAUCUUGGGGCACCUUUCCACACAAGGACUCUUCCUACCCAGCGCUACACCCAGCAGGUUGUUCUGGUGGGGUUCCAGCCAGGAGAAGGGAUUGCUGUAGUUUCUGGAAAUGAAGGGCAAUGCCCUCCCAGUCUUUUAUUUUUCUCUGCAUUCCCACAGGUUCUAUGAAGUCUACCCCAGCUUAUCUGUACUUAGACAUUGGAUUGUGUUUGCAUUGGAGUUGUCUGCACCAUACAGAGUUGCUCUAGUCUUAGUUGUUUACCCAUAGCUACAGGGUUCUUCCAGUCGGGGUUGGUAGGCAGGGCCAGAGCUCUGCACUUGGCACUUGUGCUGCCCUGGGAGUGCUGCAGACUUUCCAUCCAGUUCUGCAACUUCCAGGUCAGUCUCCUGGAGGCAAGUCUAGCCAUCCCCACUUCUUUUUCUCCAGAGUGAGGCAAACUUCCCCUUCCCCACCGUGCAUGCCUGUCUUCUAGAAGUACAUGGGAUUCAGGGUAUUGCCCUCGUUACUUGCUUAGGUAUCCGAGUCUUUUGUUCCCAGCCAUCCCGGCUGUCACACAGCACUACACCCACCCUGGAUCCCAGCCUCACCCGGGCAGGCAGCAGCGAGUGAUCCUGGGGCCUGUUGUAGAUCUGGAUGAACCUGGCAUGGCUGCUGCUCCCUCAUCCAGCUGUACUCGGGUGUUCAGGAGUUCUGGGAGCCAGGGUCACCCCAGGAAAGCCGUGUCAGGGCGAGGCCCUGUUGUGGCAGCACCAGCUUGUGCCGGUUCCUGCGCUGUUACAACAGCGCUGGUUUGGGCUGCUAUCAGCUCCUUCCCUUGCCAGCUGUUUCCCAUGGUGGCCUGGCUGAGGCCAGCAGCACUGUGGGCACAGCACUUCCCAUCCCUAAUCCCAACCACGGCACUGCUGGAUGCUCUGGGAAACACCUGGUGAGGGCAGCCUGUGUUUCACAGCCUGAGCUGGUGAUUGUGAGCACUUUGAAGCAGUGACUAGCCAGAGUCCCCUGGUCAAGUCCCCUUCCUGAGGCCUCAGGUUCUGUCUGCACACACUUUCACUUGGAGCUGGGUGGUCCCACUCCAGCCCUGCUGCCUUUGCCCAGUGCUCAGGCAUUGGAGAGGCACCCACGUAGCAUCCAUGGGGAGCACACUCUGUCAGCAAGAGUCCUUCCAGCUGCACAGGGAGGCAGUGGUGCCAGGCUUCCCAGGGAGGAGUCAGGCUGAGCAGAUGGCUCUGCCAGAGGUAAGGAUGAAGCCAAAGCUCUCUGCUCUUGCUCAGUAUGGCUGCAAUUAGAAAAGGAGAACAGCAAGAGAAAUCCCAGCACAUUGGCACAGUGCUUUUUGCUCCCAGAAGCACCAAUGGCUGCACCCACCAGCCAAAAUCCACACACCCUCUUCCUGCCCCAGGUGCUUUCCUGCUGCCCCCAAUGAUGCUCCUGAGCCAGGGGCUGGCUGCACAAAGCCCUUCUCAUGUCCCCAUCCAGCAUUAGGAUUUUGGAAGACACAUCCUUCUGGUGCUCCAGAGGAUGCAGGGCUUGGCUGUGAUGAAGACCUGGGCUCCAGAGCUCUCCAGACACCGCUCUGUGGGUGAUGAUGUGUGCAGCAGCUCCAGCCCUGCUGCAGGAGCCCUCCCUGCCUGGCAGGUGGGAAGUUGGGCAGACUUGGGGGUGCAGAGAGGGGCUGGGAGCCGUGGGCAGGACAGAGCGAGCUGGAGCUGUAACCUGGCCACGCUCAGGAGGGAAUGGAUCCCUCUGAGCGGAGCAUGGGAGUGUCUCAGAGGGCUGGGAGCAAGCAUGGGCAAGGGGUGAGGCCACUGCUCCAGGGCAGGGGAAGAACAGGCACAGAGGCUGAUUCCAGGCACAGCCACGGUUAGUGAGCCAGACACUGACGCCCUCUGUCCCCAGAGCCGGGCUGUGCUGCCCCUAGACCCACAGGACCAGUGACAGAGGGAGGGAGGGAGAAACCCACUGGGGGUGGAGGAGCUGUAGGGUUCCCCUUUUCCCCUCCUUUACUCUGCAGCUCUCAUCUCACAGGGCAGGGGCCAGGCAGGCACCAUGUCCUCCCCUUUGCCCAAAAGGUCUCUGAUCCUACACAAGAGCUUUUGCACAGGCUGGGCUCCCUUCGAGGAGGUGGAUGUUGGGCUGGAAGGGGACACUGCUCCCCCAGGCACCGCUCGCUCUCUGCAACUGUCCCAAACCCAAGCGUGCACAGAGGUUUACAAAUUUUCUAAAGCUUUUGAUAAUGUGAAGCUCCUGGGUGAUGAAGUUGGUGGUGAGCACACUGCAGCUAUGUAAUUUUUUGUGUAUGUAUGUAAUAUUUAAGGGUAACAAAAUCUAAAAGGCUAAAACCUUAAAAAAAAAAAAAAUUAAAAACACACAAAAAAAGCCAAAGCAUGAUGCAUAUUGUUAGCCUUAAAACUGGCUACACGACUGUGUGAUGUACAAAUGAGAGCAGCCUGUAACUGUUUUAAGUGCUGGGGAGGGGGAAGAAGCAUUACAAAAUCAGUUUGUAGCCUUGAUUCUGUACAGUAUUUAAUGAAUUAAAAAAAAAAACCCGACUUGAGGCCAUGCUUAGAGGUGUGUUGUUCACGUGCAGAUGUGGAUGCUUGGUUGCUUAUAUGUAUAAAGUGCUGUGUGACCAUUAAAACUUUUUUUACCUGCAGAUUUUUUUUUUGUUUGGCUAACCAAGGUGUAAUAAAGGAGGGAAGAUGACUUGCCAUUAAAUUUUGCCUCUGUGAGUA